CGUCGUCUCCAAGCCGGCUCCCUCGCUCCGUCGCAAUCUGCGUCUAACGAUCUCUGACGCCGGGAGCGCCGGGCGUUCUGUCGAGGCUGUUGUGGUUGUGUUCCGCCCCGGUCGACCCGAGAAAAGAAUCUGUAGUGGAAGCAAGCGACGGGGUGCCCCUCGGCAAUCUUCUGAUUAUAUAACUUCUAUAAGCCGUAAUUAUAACCAAGAUGGAUGACUCGGGACUUCCACCCAACUGGGAGGUGCGCCACAGCAACUCCAAGAACCUCCCAUAUUACUUCAAUGCGAUCGACAAGGUAUCCCGCUGGGAGCCGCCGUCCGGCACCGACACAGAGAAGCUGAAGAAAUACAUGGCCGUCCACCAUUCGACCUCGUCCCAGACCUCGGUCUCUGCCCGGCCCGAGGGUAAGAUCCGCGCUGCCCACCUCCUGGUUAAGCAUCGCAACAGCCGGAGACCUGCGAGCUGGCGCGAGAACGAGAUCACACGGUCCAAGGAGGAGGCGCUGGAUAUCAUCAAAGGCCACGAGCAGAAGAUCAAGAGCGGCUCGAUCUCGCUCGGCGAGCUAGCCAUGAGUGAGAGCGAUUGCAGCUCGGCCCGCAAGAGGGGAGACUUGGGAUACUUUGGCAAGGGUGAUAUGCAAAAGGAGUUUGAGGAGGCUGCCUUUGCAUUGCAGCCAGGCCAAUUGAGCGGUAUAGUGGAAACGGCGAGCGGCCUCCACCUGAUUGAGAGGCUAGAAUAAGCACUCGUUGGGGGUAGGGUGCAGUUUCAUUCCUAGGUACUUAUCUAGUUCUUAGGUACCAUUUCACCCCUAGCACUAGAUCCGGAAUGAAAUGAAGCGAGCGAGCGCGGCGCGUCGAGAUGGCUGCAUGUUCUUCAAUCUGCAUCGUGGAAUGAUGCGGGUGCCGGAAGAGCUGGUCGGUCCGCCCCGUGCGCAUUCUCUAAACACAUGCCCGAUAUUCGGAGCAGUAUCUAUCGUUGACCUCCUCAGUCUAGGAAGAUAAACCGUUCAUUGACACCCAAAAUACUGCCCAUUCGGUUCUGCCGGGCUUAUGACCCGUUAUAUAAACAACCUCCCGUCAAUUCGCCCCAAGCGGCCUGGCAAUAAUCAUCGUUUCUCUCGAAUACGGUAGCGACCGUAAUCAUGCGACCCGAACACCCCCAACUUAAACUUCACUCCCCUUUUGAUUCUAGUUACUUCAGUUUCUAACGGUAUUCGCCGUGCUCAUCGCCACGAAACUGA